GCCCAGACAUCAGGGUUGUCCAAUGAAAAUUCUUCAUCUGAGCUUUGGGAGCCAAUAGGAGCUAGAACAUUGGUGUCCAUGUUGGCGUGCAGAAGGGCGUGUAGUCUCUACUUAAGGCGAUCGCUUUGGACACAUCACACAGACGCAUUUUACCUGUUAAAGACGCUGCGCACUUCUGCACCAGUAGAACUCUUCCAAAAUGAGCAAGACAUGUCCAGUCAAUAAGGAGGUGCAGAAGUUUAAAAGAAGUAGUCUCAAGAGGACUGAAAUGGAAGAAAAAAACACUCUGCCAACAACUCAGGUAAUCAAAGAUGAGAAGCAAGCCAUCGAAGAGAUAACUAUGAAAAAGCCACUCAAUGAGGCAUUGGAGCAUUUUCAGACAGACAUGCUCAAGAAGACUGAAACAAUAGAAAAAAACCCUCUUCCAACUACAGAUGUAAUUAAUGAAGAGAAGAUCGCCAUCGAAGAGAAAUCUUUGAAAGAUCCAGUCAAUACGGAGGUGGAGAGUUUUAAUGCACAGAAGCUCAGGAAGACUACAACAAAAGAAACAAACCCUCUUCCAACUGCAGCAGAAAUUGCAGAAGAGAAGAAAGCCCAGAAAGGGAAGAAGUAACUGAAACACACCAGCCAUGAUUCCGCUCUCUGUCCUGCCCGGUUACCUGCUCUUCCUCUAAUUCGUAAUCUUGUCCAGCAUCUCUGCCUCUGCCUGUUUUCUGUGCUGCCAUGUUUUAUUUGAAAUGGUUUUUGGGCUGAUGCUAUGGCAAAAGAUCUGUCUGUAAUCCCAUGUAAAUGUAUUUUCCAUGCUGUUAAAAAGGGCUGAACAGAGCAAUAUUUUUUUUUUUUUAAGGUGAGAAAUUAUGCAUUACCUUAUUAAUGGAAAGCUAUAUAAGGUAUUGCAUUGAUAACAAUACCACAAGUAUGCCUGUAAAUGUUCUGAAAAAGAACACAUGAUUUAUUUUUUCUUCUUUUUACUUAAUAAAAAAUGGGUGUUUAAAAAAUGUUUGAGUAACAUUUGUGUAUUUCAAAUUGUAUUUGAUUUUAUCAUGACAAUUAUUUCUAAUGUAAGAGCGGGACAUGGUCUAAAUAAUUGUCAAACAUGACUGGCAAACAGAAAUUAAAAUAGAAAUAUUUAAAGCUCA